AAAAGCACACAACAUCUUCUUUCCUCUGUACUCAAGACUUCACCAACCUUUUAGAUUCGAUAUCUGCGAAAUUUUCUUCUUCAAUCGACGAUGAGCACCGGCGCAGGAAGCGGCACGACCAAAGGCGGUAGAGGAAAGCCAAAGGCCACCAAGUCCGUCUCUCGAUCCUCGAAGGCCGGUCUUCAGUUCCCCGUCGGGAGAAUCGCCAGAUUCCUCAAGGCAGGGAAAUACGCCGAGCGUGUCGGCGCCGGAGCUCCGGUCUAUCUCUCCGCCGUUCUCGAGUACCUCGCCGCUGAGGUGUUGGAGCUUGCUGGAAACGCGGCGAGGGAUAACAAGAAGACGCGUAUCGUGCCGAGGCACAUUCAGCUCGCGGUGAGGAACGAUGAGGAGCUGAGUAAGCUUCUGGGAGCUGUGACGAUUGCGAACGGUGGCGUUUUGCCCAACAUUCAUUCGAACCUUUUGCCUUCCAAGGUUGGGAAGAACAAGGGAGACAUUGGAUCUGCUUCUCAAGAGUUCUGAGUUUCACCUUUCCUUUUGGUCUCUUUGUUGUCGGGUUCCCUUGUAAAAUAUCAACUUUGUUUUGAAGCUAAUGGGGCUUUUGUAACAAAUGUUUCGAUGAUAUAAUAUUUCGUAAUGGAUCUUAGGUUUGAUUCA